UAAAUUUCAAAGAAUAUUUUCAAAACACUCUAAAAAUCAUUAAAAUGAUGAGGCUUAGUUAAAGGAAAGAUGAUUUUGAGAUUGAUUAACUUGAAUAGAAAAAGAUGAAUGAAUUAGAAAUAUUUUCAAAGCUUAGAUAUAUUAUGAGACUCUUAGAGUAAAUAUUAUCAUCAAAAAUUUAAGAUAUUAAUGAUUAGAGAAAUGAACCAGAUGAAAGCAUAAUGUUUUAGUAAGAGAUAGAGCUGAUUUUGAAGGAAUUAUAAAAUUUAAAUCUAACAGAUAAAUAAUUUUCUUUUGCUAGUAAGUUUAAGUAAAAGCUACUUGCCCUGCCUAAUGCUACCCUAAAUUAGAAAAGUUUUUUGAAAGAAGCUCAAUUCAUGUUAAAACUUAUUUAACAAACUGAAAAAUCAAUCUAGGAGCUCGAAAUUUUGUUAAUUAACAAGGAUAAUGUAAUUAAAUACUUUUAAAUGUUAUUGAAUAACCUAAAUUAUUAUUAUGAACACCAGAUCUAAGAACUUCAAAAAGACUUUUAUGAAUUGCUUUUAAGUUUUAAGACAAUUCUAAUGUUACAAUAUGAAAUAGAGUUUGUUUCUCUACCCGAAAAAUUAAAAGAAAUUAAAUAACAAUAGUUUUGCAGGCUUUCAUUUUAAUUUCUAAAAAAAUAAAGAUUGAACAAUUUAAAGAUUAAACUACAAUUAAUUGCUUUCAGAUAAUGUUUUUUACAUACAUUAAAAAUACCAUUAGAAUUGUAAUAGUUAAAAAACUUUAUCAAUUUGGAUGAGUUUCUACUUGAUGUAUUGUGUAUUUUCAAAAUACUUUUGGUGAAUUCUAUUCUUUAAUAAUCCAAAGUUGUUAGAAUUUUUAUAUAAAAUAUUCUAAUUCAUAAUGUGUGA